CCCUUUGCGAGGUGGAAGGCGUGGAGGCGUGGAGGCGCAGCGAGGAUGAACAAUUUCCGCAAUGUGAAGAUGCCGUCAGGCGCUGGCCCCGCGGGAGCGCUGGCCAAGGUACUCACUGUCGCCGGUGUGGGGAUCUACGCCCUCGCCAACAGCUUGUACAAUGUGGACGCCGGGCAUCGCGCCAUCGUCUUCAAUCGCCUCGUCGGGGUCAAGGACAAGGUCUAUCCCGAAGGAACGCAUUUGAUGGUGCCGUGGUUUGACAGGCCAGUGAUCUACGAUGUCCGUGCUAGACCCAACUUGGUCGAGAGUACUUCCGGCAGCAAGGAUCUCCAGAUGGUCAGAAUCUCGCUUCGUGUUCUAACACGGCCGAUCGCGGACCGUCUCCCGUCGAUCUAUCGCACCCUGGGACAGGACUACGCGGAGAGGGUCUUGCCUUCGAUCAUUCACGAGACGCUUAAGUCGGUGGUUGCGCAGUACAACGCAAGUCAGCUCAUCACUCAGCGAGAGGUGGUGAGCAGGGAGAUCAGACGAAUCCUGACCGAGCGCGCCUCGCAAUUCGACAUCGCUCUGGACGACGUUUCCAUCACGGGUCUUACGUUUGGAAAGGAGUUCACGGCUGCCAUUGAGGCGAAGCAAGUCGCGGCACAGGAAGCCGAGCGUGCCAAGUUCAUCGUCGAGAAAGCCGAGCAGGACAAGCGCAGCGCCAUCAUCCGAGCUCAGGGAGAAGCAAAGAGCGCGCAGCUGAUUGGAGAAGCCAUCUCCAACAAUCCCGCGUUUGUGACACUGCGACGCAUCGAAGCCAGCCGGGAGAUUGCUCACACCGUCGCAAACUCGGCAAACAAGCUCUUCCUCGACUCGGACUCGCUGCUGCUCAAUCUCCACAGCGUAGACGUCGAAGCCGACGCCAUGGCAACGCGCAAAGGAAAGAAGUAAUGCGGGAAGUUUUUGGAGAUUAAGAUCACUCUUCGUCGUCGUCUCGUGCUCAGCAUAAAACAAUGGACCGAAGUUUUGGCGAUUUUUUUCCUCUUUCUUUUUACAAAGAUCUUGCAUUUCCGUUACCUUCUAUUUCGAUGAGUUAAAAGUGGACGAAUUCUCGAC